AUCACUCACCGGUGUCCGGUCGAUCGACCAUCGACAGAUGAAGGAGGAAAUUUACAGGAGCUAGUGAGAGCUACCAUCAUGAUUUCACUUGUUUACUGACCGGUAAAUUGCUCAAUAUUGUCAACACAGUGAGGAAACCUUGACAGGAAGUUACAUUUUCGCAAGGCUACGUCACACGAACAUAUACAAGGAUGAGUGACUCAGAGUCAUGUGAUGAUGGGGCAGGGGUGGUUAGCAGUCCCCUUAUGAGCCAAGAGAGAGAAGCUGUCAGUGCCUUGCCGAACGCUGCUGAAGUAAACAACUCCAAGAACAUGGAUAAAUCUCUCGUGGAGGACGGCCGGGGCCCUAGAAAGGGAUCCAUGAGGCAGUCCCCGACCAAGAAAAAACAUGGACGCUUCCACGUCAAUCUCAUCAACGAGAAGGGUAGAGAAUCGCUGAGUCCCGGCCGACAGGAUAGUACGGACGAAACUUUGGAUCAUGUGACGGCCGCUAACUCUUUUGGACACACCAUCGAGGCGGUACCCCAGCUGGAUCAUUACAGAAAUCGGUUUUCUUUGAUGGCAACGGGGAAGACGCGUCCAACGCUUUAUGAGCUUCAUGAACCAAAGACCAAGGCGGCCCAGUCUGCAGAUACACCCAUGGACUCGAUUAAUAUGGAUGAAGGAGAAAUGGCUGCAACAGGAGCCAGUGAUGCUCUUAAAUUCGGAUGGAUCAAAGGAGUUCUGGUAAGAUGUCUCCUGAACAUCUGGGGUGUGAUGUUGUUCCUUCGAAUGUCAUGGAUCGUUGGGCAAGCUGGAAUAGGAUUCUCCAUUCUCAUUGUUUUGAUGGCAACAGUAGUGACUGUACUCACAACCCUGUCCAUGUCAGCCAUCUGCACCAAUGGAGAGGUCAAAGGAGGUGGAGCAUACUACAUGAUAUCUCGUAGUCUGGGACCAGAGUUUGGGGGAUCCAUCGGUCUCAUAUUCUCCGUUGCUAAUGCUGUAGCCGUUGCGAUGUACGUGGUGGGUUUUGCCGAGGUGGUACGGGAUCUGCUAGUGGAAGCUGGACUGUCAAUCAUGGACCCUGCUAACGAUGUUCGGAUCAUCGGUGAGGUAACAUUACUUCUCUUGCUGGGAAUAACGAUGAUUGGAAUGGCAUGGGAGGCUAGGGCUCAGAUAUUCCUUCUGCUCCUGUUACUGAUUGCUAUGGUCAAUAUGGUAGUAGGAACCUUCAUCCCAGCACCAGACGAUGAGAGAGCCAGGGGAUUCCAGAAUUACAAAGGAGAGCUGUUUUUUGAGAACAUUGGGCCACAUUUUCACGGGACAGAGAGCUUCUUCUCUGUCUUCUCCAUCUUCUUCCCGGCGGCGACUGGAAUCUUAGCCGGUGCUAACAUCUCUGGCGAUCUCAAGGAUGCACAGAUGGCCAUCCCGAAGGGAACACUGAUCGCCAUAGCGAUGACCUCGGUCAGUUACGCCGGACUGGCCAUUCUUCUCGGGACGGUCAUGUCUCGGGAGGCCACGGGUUCAAUCGGGGAUCUUGUUGCUGGUAACUUUACAUCGGCUUGUCGGGAGGGGGUAGAAUGUAAAUACGGACUGGUAAAUGACUUCUCGGUGGCCAGCUUAAUAUCAGGCUGGGCUCCCCUAGUUCUGGCUGGUGUGUUCGCUGCCACGCUAUCGUCUGCACUUGCCAGUCUCGUCAGCGCACCUAAAGUAUUCCAGGCUUUGUGUAAAGACAGGAUUUUCCCUAAGAUUGAGGUGUUUGCCGUGGGUAGUGGGCCAGGAGAUGAACCACGCAGGGCGUACAUCCUAGCCUUCUUUAUAGCUGCUGCUUUUAUUGCUAUAGGUGAACUGAAUGCCAUUGCUCCCAUCAUUUCCAACUUCUUCCUGAUGUCCUAUGCACUCAUCAACUUCUCGUGUUUCUCUGCCUCGUUAGCCAAGUCACCAGGUUGGCGACCAGCAUUCCGCUAUUACAACAUGUGGGUGGCCCUGGUUGCUGCAGCUAUAUGUAUGGCAGUCAUGUUUUUGAUUAACUGGUACGCUGCUCUCAUCACCAUUGCUCUAGUUGCAGCACUGUACAUGUACGUGCACUACACAAAACCAGAGAUUAACUGGGGUUCAUCGAAUCAAGCCUUCAUCUACACUCAAGCUCUGACCAACACCCUCAAACUCAAUAACAUCCCUGCACACGUCAAGACUUUCAGGCCACAAGUUCUUGUUCUGACUGGUGUACCAGAGUGCAGACCUGCUCUGGUGCAUUUUGUUUCUCACAUCACUAAGAGCAACAGCCUCAUGGUGUGUGGAACCGUCUUACCGGGAGACCAGAGUAAUAACUUAGUGGAGUUAUUAACGGAAUCACACGAGAAAUGGUUGGAAUACCAUAAGAUUAAGGCAUUCCCCGCUAUAGUAGCAAGCCCUACCCUAAGACAAGGGGCACAGUCACUUAUGCAGAUUGGAGGUCUCGGCAAGAUUAAACCCAACACCCUCAUCAUGGGUUUCUUGGGCAAGUGGAAGACGGAGAAGCCACAGAAUGUUAUGGAUUACGUUGGAAUUAUCCAUGAUGCAUUUGACCUGGCCCUGGGUGUUGGUUUACUACGCAUCAAGGAGUCAUUUGACGUGUCUAGUGCCCUGAACACCCCUGGCUUUACAGAAUACGUUGAAGAAGUCCUCCAUCAGCCGAGCUGCCCGACCCAGGAACAUGUGAGGUUUAAGAUUGAAAAAGUGCCUGAAAUUAGAGUUGAGACAACAUCGGUCAAAUCGGAGGAAGGUGCCCUGGCGCCGUCCAUCAUGUCGGACACGGCAAGAGAGUCAAAGGUCGCUAUGAUCGACAGCACCGCCCUCAUUAAGGGCAAACCCAUCGAUGACGUCAUUAAAUCUAUGCAAAAGUUCCAGGGCAAGAUGCCAAAGGGAAACAUCGAUGUCUGGUGGUUGGUGGAUGACGGAGGUCUGACGCUUCUCAUCCCCCAUCUCAUCUCAAUGAAGUCCAACUGGGACAAGUGCCGGCUGCGCGUCUUCGCCAAAGGCAAGAAAGAGGAGAUCAACAGAGAGAAGAUGGGCAUGGCCAACAUGCUCAGCAAGUUCAGAAUCGACUUCUCCGAUCUGGAGAUCAUCCCGGACUUCGACCAGAAGCCCAAGAAGGAGAACCUGCAACGCUUUGAAGACUUGAUCAAGCCGUGGAAGCUCAACAAGGAGGCGGGAGAGACCGCGGAGAAGUUCCCCUGGAAGAUCACGCCGGACGAGAUCGAGACACUCUGGGAGAAGACAAACAGGCAAAUCAGGAUACGAGAACUGCUUCGUGAACAUUCCAGUGAUGCACAGCUGAUUGUCAUGAGUCUACCUAUUCCAAGGAAGAAGACAUGUUCAGCCUACAUGUACAUGAGCUGGCUCGAGACUCUCUCCAAAGACAUGCCACCAAUACUACUGCUGAGAGGCAACCAGACUAGUGUCCUCACGCAUUAUUCAUAGGGAGUCACACCUCAUUUGCAUUAUUCAUAGGGAGUUAUACCUCAUUUGCAUUAUAGACACUCCGUAAUUCAUGACAGUAUGGGGGAAAGGUUUCAAUCGAAUGUUUCGCUAAUAGUCAAAAUUGUGUUGACGCUAAACAGUUGCUAAUAGUUUUUUAUUUUACAUUGCGUUACGCGUAAAAUAACACCAAGCGAGAAGCUCCUGCGUCACGCCUACGUUUUUACUUUUUACUGUGUUUAUAUCAUCUGUUUAAACACCCCCACGUGAUGCCCUCUCAACCAAUUAGAAUGGGUAAACUGUCCUGGGUUUUUAUGAAUUGAUUUUAAUACUGACCAGUGUAAAUGGUUAAUCGACCCUAGUUUUGCAUAAUAAUGAAUUAUUCAGGGUUAAAUUGAAAGGGUAUUUAGGAAAAUAAAUAACAUACCAGGUUAAAAUCGUUAUGUAAUAUUGAGCAGUAGACAGAGACUAAGCAAUAUGUAUAGUCUCUUCUUUUCUUGAUUAAUGCAUAGUGCUAUUUCUUUUACUGUUUAAUUUUAUGUCUCUUUAAAAAUGGCUGGAACAAUACAGCUAGUGUUUUCAGUCUUUAAUAAUGUCCAUUGAUUAGGCUUUGCUUUGCAUAAAUAAUGCAUUAUGUAUGAGCAUGCAAAUUGCUUUUACAAUUCAAGUGGUACAUAAGUUUGACAUGAACUUCGCCGCUUCACUGCAGUCAACUUUAAAAAAUGAAGCUAAAGUUCUCAGACUUUUAAAAGGUUUUAAAAGAGCUGUCUGAGUGUACUGUUGGUAUAAAUCAAAAGAUGUUUUUAUGCUAAGCCUUUCUUAGCCCACAACUGAAAUAUGUAUGGCUUGUGCAGCCUCCACAGUAAACUUUAUUUAAAAUCACUUAUCACUUGAAAAAAAUCUUGUUGCCGCCCUUUAUUUCGAAAAACUAGAGCUUUGUAUCAUGAGUUGGAAAAACGUGUUUACUAGAUUCAGUAACAAAAGAACUGCAUGUGCUCACACAGGGUAUAGACUCGCAGCAUAUGGGUCCUGCGGCUUUUGGACCAAGCACUGUAACACCUUCAGAUACAUGUACCUGUGCGGAAAGCCGAUGAUUAAGAAAUGCCAGUUUUAGAUGUGGCAGGAAAACAACCCCUCUCAAAAAAUGAGUCAAUACAAAUUAAAUAAAAAAUAACCAAAUGGGGGAAAAACCGCAUUAAUCCCAGGAAGUGACUGGAAAUUCCUAAUACCUCCAACAUCGGUCCACAGAGGUGAAAGGCAGUGAAGAAACCACUAAAUAUAUUGUCUACAAUUUGUGUGUGCAGUGCGGUCUGGGGAGGACUCAAACUUGUGGUGUGUUUGCCCUCCAAAAUUUUUUAUUUUGAUACUUUUUUUUUCUUUUUUCUUAUUGUUUCAAGGUUUUAAUUGUGUACAUAGAAGUGUAUAUUUGCAUGGGUUUUUUUUUCUUUAUAUUAGCAGAGUGCAACUUCCUGCAGUAUCUGGAUAAUACCCCUCUCUUAAAGGAACACGUUGCCUUGGAUCGGACGAGUUGGUCUUUGAAAAGCGAUUGAAACCGUUUGUGGUUUAUGCACAUGGUUAGAAAGAUAUUUUAAAAGUAGAAAACAAUAAUCCACACGAAUUUGCCCCCAAAAUGCGUGGUUUUCCUUUUGCUAAGCAAACUAACACGGUCGG